UCGAAUCCUCCCACCCCCACACCCAACCCAUCUUGAAAGCUCCUUAUCACCAACACACUAUCCUCACUCUCUCUCUCUCUCUCUCUCACUUUCCCUCCAAUCCUUCCCUCCAUGUCUCCAAAAGCAGUCCCAUCUCUCUCUCUCUCUGGAGAUCUCUUCUCUUCCUAAGCAAUCAAAAAAUUCCCACAAAAAGGCCUUUUUCCAAUUUCCAGAAGAGCACACUCCCAAAACCAAACAAAACCAUCCCCUCAAAACAAAAAGCCUCUCAAAGGAGACACAAACCAAAUCCAAACCAAAAGGUUUUGAGAGAGAAAGGCAGAACACACUUUUUUGGAGUUUUGAGUUUGAGUUGACCACUUUAUCUCCAUUUUUUCUCUCAAUCACUCAUUCUUUCAUUCAUGGGUUGCUCUUCUUCAAAACCCAACACCCAUUUCUCAGCAGAACUCCCAUCAUCUAACCCUUCACCAUCAUCAUCCUCAUAUUCUGCCUCAGCUUCACAAUCACACUCACACUCUUCAAAUUCAUCACCACCAGUCCCCAGACCUCUCUCUCUCCCAACCUCACUUGUCCACCACCCACCUCUCAGAAAAGGUGACACCCGCCACCUUGUUUCUCUCACCUCCACCACCUAUGGUUCUCUCCUCCACAUUGACCCCCCUAAACCCCAUCAAAAUCCUACCUUUAAAACUCCAAUCCCACAACCAGACCCAUAUACAAACCCAAACCCAGAAGAACAACAACACUCAUUGUCCCCUGUCUCUGUAAUCAACACCUGGGAACUCAUGGAUGGUCUCGAAGACGACUGUGAACUCCCCAGUUCUUCAAUUUUCGACCGCCCAAUUGUGAUACAGAAAAAACCCAGUUCGUGCAGGUACCCUAGCUCUGAUGGGUCAGUGCCAAAACUGUUUGAUUUAAUUGAAUCUACGAAAAAAUCUGAACUUUUGUCUCUGAAGUCAUCGUCUCCAGUGAAACCACUUUGGCAGCAUUUGUCUGAGGAAGCUUUGCUGUCUAAAAUGGACCCCAAUGUGGUUUCUAGCUAUAGGCGUGCCUUGUCAUCCAGGCAAUUGAACUAUGCUACUUCCCCUAAAGAUAUAGCAAGAUCAUUGGGGUCUAGUCCCAUGACUGGUAGUUAUUCAUUUUCCAAUAGUUGGUAUAGUUUGCCUGGCUGUGAAGACAAGGUUGUGAUUUACUUUACAAGUUUGAGAGGAAUUAGAAAGACCUAUGAGGAUUGUUGUUCGGUUAGGAUGAUACUUAGGGGCUUUAGAGUGCCGGUAGAUGAGAGGGACAUAUCAAUGGAUGCAGAGUAUAGAAAGGAGUUGCAAAGGGCUCUUGGAGGGAAAGCAAUGAGCUUGCCACAAGUGUUUAUUAGGGGGAAGUAUGUUGGGGGUGCAGAGGAGGUUAAGCAACUCAAUGAAGUUGGAGAAUUGUCUAAUCUUUUGGAAGGGUUUCCUAUGAGGGAUCCCGGGUCUGUAUGCGUGGGGUGUGGAGAUGCGAGGUUCGUGCCUUGUCCAAAUUGCAAUGGCAGUCGGAAGGUGUUUGAAGAGGAGGAAGGAGAGUUGAAAAGGUGCCCAGAUUGCAACGAGAACGGGUUGAUACGGUGCCCAGGUUGUUGCUGCUCAUGAAUGUGUAUGGAUGCCAAUAAGUGAUGCAUAUAUUGUUAGGAUUAUGUUUUGAGAUUCUAUAAAAUGUUACUAUUUGUAGUGCUACCACUAGAUUGCCAUGAAUUAAUAUAUGUUUAGGUUUUGCUUUGA